AUGCCAUUCACGCUACGGUAUCACACUUGUGGAGUGACUAGUCUACUGCAUUGGAACGAUGAGCAGGAUGUGCCGACUUUGAUUAGUGGAGAUGAAAAGGGUUCUAUUUUAGUUUGGAAUCUGUUGAGUAGGAAGCCUUACUACAAAUAUACCUGCAGGGGACAAAUAGUUUCAUUUCAACAGCUGAACGAUCUAAUAAUUGCAACUAGCAAAGACCAUACGUUAAGGAUUCUUAAGUUUCCAUCGACAUUGACCACGAAAGAAGGGUUCCCUGACUAUUCCCUACCUGAGUUGGAAUUAAUAUACGAAAUACCGGUUAAUACUUUGAACUUUGCUAACACUGCUGUAGAACAAGUGGAUACGAAUAACUAUAGGCUAUGGUGCUGUAACACGCAAGAUUCAGAAACAAUUGACAUUUAUGAAUUUGAUCUUAGAGAUUCUAAAUCCUUAAAGAGAAUUCAUAGAGCACUAUCUCUUUACGAGGUCAUUUCAGGUCUCGUUGAUCCAUCAACAAUGAAGUUUGAUAAACUAGGAACUACAAUGAAAUUUAUUAUAUACGAAGGAAUCAUAUACCUUGGAUUUGAAUCUGGUUUUGUUAUUGGGCUACGCCUUACACAGGGAUUGCAUAUCGUAUACAUUUCUUCUGCUAAUUAUCCAGAACCUGUACUGGAUUUAACGGUUGGGAAAGACCUCGGCAAAGUCAUUAGCUCAUCUACAAACUCUUCGCUUGGCCUUCAUACACCAAAUAUUAAUACGGAAAGUCAUAACAAUGUUUCUUCGAAAGAUGUUGUCGUUGAUGACAGCACCAUCCAUUCAGAGAUGGUAAAUAUCCCAAUCAACAAAGUAUCCCAUAUCCAGCAAGUCGAUAAUUUAUUGAUAGCUGCUAGUUGGUCCGGAAGAACGGUAGUUUUUGAUAUAAAUGGUAACAAAGUGUUAGCAAGCAUAUUGAAGGAAAGAGGACAAGUACUCAUCGACGAUAAUCCAUAUGGAAAUGCAUCACUUCCAGAGAAUAGCACAAAGGUCAAAAUUUCUGCUAUGACAUGUAUACCAAAAUUCAAUACAGUCAAUCCAUCUUGCACCUCGGAAGGUACAAGACGCAGGUGGAUUAGAUUUUACAAGGAGACAUGGUGUUUGAUUGGAUAUGCUGAUGGUUCCAUAAAGGCUACAGAAGUAACAUUCGAUAAUCUCAUUACUGCUUAG